GACUUGACAGCAGCAGCGUUUGCUAGUCUGCUAGCAGCAUACAUGUGGAGGGAACAGCAGCGAGAGUUGCUCGCAGCCCAAAGUUAGCACAAAUUUAUCAUCUUUUGUAUUCGGAUAUCAUUACGACGACAUCGGUGAUUUUUAAAACCACAUAUAAGUUGAGAUAAAGAUGAAAGGUAGCCGGAUCGAGCUGGGGGACGUCACCCCCCACAAUAUUAAACAGCUGAAGCGUCUCAAUCAAGUUAUCUUCCCUGUCAGUUACAACGACAAGUUCUACAAAGAUGUGCUGGAAGUAGGAGAGCUCGCUAAGCUAGCAUACUUUAACGACAUCGCAGUGGGAGCCGUGUGCUGUCGGGUGGAUCACUCCCAGAACCAGAAGAGAUUGUACAUCAUGACACUUGGCUGCCUCGCACCCUACCGCAGACUGGGCAUAGGAACAAAGAUGCUGAACCAUGUGCUGAACAUUUGUGAGAAGGAUGGCACGUUUGACAACAUUUACCUUCAUGUGCAGAUCAGCAACGAGUCUGCAAUCGACUUCUACCAGAAGUUCGGUUUUGAGAUUAUCGAAACAAAAAAGAACUAUUAUAAACGGAUAGAGCCGGCAGACGCCCACGUUCUCCAGAAGAGCCUGCGGAGCCCAAGCGAGCCCCCAGCAGGAGACCUGCAGAAGGCUGAGUAGAUGCCAGAGCACUCUGGAGAGAUGGAUCUCGGCCCGUAUUCACCAUGUGGAACUGUGACCGAUGCCCCGGGGCCUGUAGAUACACCACUUUCAUUCGGAGGGCAAUUCAAAGAGAAUAACAAGUCCAUGAGAAAAAUGCAGAAUUUUUAUUUUUUAAAAACAAAACUCAGUCCCCAUCAGUUUGCAAUUUUUUUUUCUUUUCUUUUCCUUUGCUCAUUUAGAGAGUUGAAAUUAGGCACAAGGGUUUUUUUUUUUUCAUCAAGGCAAAAUACAUAAGUGCUCCAAAAAGCUGCUUACUUGUUACAGAGUAGACAUGACACGGUGAAGGUAAAACUUUGUAAGCAUACUGUUUGCAUUUUGUUUUUAAUCGUUAAUGACAAGGGGACACGACGUUGACGUUUGAACAAGCCGGUAGACCUUUAAAGACAGUACUGUGUUUUUGGCGAGAGGUGGUCUUGCCUGGCAGUGCUGGACGUCAUGCUCCGGAUUGUCUCGGUGACCUCUGGACCUCCCGUCACCUCGCCAACCUGAGCCCGGGGACGCAGAUAUGUUCGAUUUCACAGGCAGAAUGCUGGAGAGGCGUGUCGCACGUGACGUCGCGUCUCUUUGCAGCGCGAGUCUCUCUGAUCUGCCUUGCACAGGAUCAUCUCGCCCCCUCGAGCUGGCAUGAACAUGGUCAAGCGGUUUGAGAGUGAGAGAUUGGGUGUGGGAGUGUAGGAGUAGACCUUUCUCCCGUUUCUGAAUGUCUUUGCUUCUCUGCCCAUUAUUUAAAGUCCCCUUAAUUUUUUUUUUGUUUUGCAUAAUUGCUGGUUGGUUCAUGGCUUUUCCUGGGGUGCUGUUGGUGCUUCAGAUUGGAGAAAAGACUGUUAGUGCCAGUUAUGGAGAGGAGGUGUGCUGUUGGUACAGUUACCCCAGAAUAUGAGAGACUUUUAACCUAGCACGUGCCUUUACUAUACACGUACAUUCCACGUGCAAGAAAUUGAUUUUAAUUUAUUAGAGAUACUUUUUUUUUUUCAAGAACAAGCUGAUUUCAAAAACAGGGAAAAACAAUGGCAUAAAAUACUAUUAUUUAUCGAUUUAAUAAACCACAAUAAUGUGGAUUUACUCAGAAUGUAAUCAUUGUAAUGAGUAAUUUAAUUGUCUGUAUGAUUGUAAAAUAUUGGCGUAAUGCAAAGGAAAACUUUAUAAUUUUUUUCUUGAAUGGUUUCAGUCUGAAUUUUUCGUCCUCCACGUGACUAUCAACAAAUUUCAUUUCACUGUAAGUGUUCAUUGACUUUGAUUUCAGCAGUCUCCUCUUCGGCACACUGGCAGCUAAAAACCUACCCACUACAUGUUGCUAUCAUAUUAGUGAUUUUCACUGACAAAAUAAAAAAACCUCACAGUUCAGUUUUUUAGCGCUCCGUGGGAUUGGCAUGGUUCGAUUAUAGAGGUUCCUUAUGCUGAACUUGGAUUCGCAGGCCAGACCCCAGGGGAAGCCUUGACACUGCAUGCCAAGAGGGAUGUGCCCUCUCCAUUGUAGUACAAGCAUGAUUUAUUUCUUUCUUUGGAGAAUUUUGUCUUUUCUGGAGCUCUAUAUUGUAAAACUUUUAAAACCUCUAAAUAAAAUACUAUUUGCAUUA